ACCCACCUUGCUGUCUUCUACUAUUGCGCUCUUGGUGACCUUUCAGUUCUUUCCAAGGAUACCCAAACUUUGGGGGCUUCUGUUACUUGUAAUCUUUCUAUCAUUAAGCUCAUCCUUUCCACUUUUCAUGAAUUCCACCCAUUUCACCCAUUUCAUCCUUUUCACUCAUUCACUCGUUCCAGCCCUCGUAACCUUUCUAAUCGUUUCAUAGCCCUUGAGUCUACCACCUACAGGUUUAGGUCUACCACACCUUCCACCCGCCUGCCUAACGUUCAGGCAAGGCAACUAGGCAUCAUCGAGGAGUGAGCAAUAGUCAUAAGCCCCACAUCCGUGUUGUCCUAGCUAUGUAUAUAAUUAGAUAGGUUUCCCCCAGUGACACGGGAGGGGAUCGCAGCUGUUGGAUGGUAUCCCAGCUUGCCCAGCUUGAGUUCGAUACUUCCAAAGGAUUUCACUGUUCAAUGCUUUUCUCCACUGUGAUCAAGCGAGUUCUUUGAUGGUCAUCAUGGCGUCUUCCGUCAAUCCGACAUCCAUUCCACCCAUCUCUACCCUGCGGCAAAAGCUCGGAUAUGGCGACUCUCAUUCAGCAAAUUACCAGUCAAUAUCGUUCUAUGAAAGCGUCCGGGCUUUCCGCAAGACCUUUGUAACCAGCCAGGGAUACGAGGGCAGUGCGAUGCACGAGUGGAGGUCUCCAGAGCACCAAAGUGCUCUUGAGGAGAUGGUCCAAGCAUUUCUCGACUGUGACGGCAACGGAACUCGACUAUGGCCGAACGAACCUGUCCAAGACAGUUUAAAUAAGCUCAAGUAUUCCGUCCAUGGCACGAGGAUUAAGCGCAUUCUGAAGCAGCUCUUUUGGCGAAUGAACCUGCAGCAGCACCGCAACGAAAAAUACAGGAAGAACAAGGGGAAGACGGGCAACAUCCACAUACGCACAUUUGAUGGGAGAGGUAGUCACGAGGAUCCCAUCGAUGUAGAUGAGAUUAAGGAGUCACUAGAGAGCUAUAGUGCGCUUAGAAUGCUUGGUACCUCAAGCUUGACCCAAAUCGAUAUGACGGCCGCUCGUUCGAAGAGUUUCGACCUUUCUGAAAUCGAUUCUACCUCAGAAGAGGCUCAAGAACUCUUACAAUUGCAAAGAGAGGUUGUCACAGACCCCCAGCACGAACUCGAAGGUCAUGGCCACGGAGUCGAGAACACCUCCAACCAGAAUCCCUUCGCUGGCCCUACGGUAGAUCCCCAAUUUGCGCCCUACGCCGAAAUGAACCCUUCCGAACCUCCUACAAAGCGCCCGAGGGUUGACAGCAUAGAUUCUUCCCAUCAGACUUCGAGGGAGAAGCGAUACAACACUCCAGUCGGUCCCAGAGGAAGCCGGACCUCGUCGCGCAAGCGACAGGAACCUCAACGCGAUGGGUUCGCGACAGGUCAGCGACUGUCUGAAGCCUUGCAGGCUAUGGAAGACGAGUGUUCUCUGGAGAGAGACACCGGCGCCAAGUCAUUUGAAGCCAACCUAGAAGUACCUGAUGGCUCUUUCACCGGUGUUCAAGAGGAAUCGGAACUCUACAUCCGUGAAAACAGUGCGGAGAAUGUCACAGAUAGGGAAACUUCUGCUGAUGCCUUCGCUGAUGAAAUGAUCACUCAACUACAUGCCGAAACUGAUAUGCAUUCACUUCAGCAAGAAGAGGUUUUCACCAGCACCGAAACCUCGGCGCCAGCUGACACCUCACGUCAAAUGAGCCCUGCUGUGGAACGCAAGAAGACAGUCUCUUUCCUGGCCGACAUGAGACGUUCAGAGACUAUGGCUGUAGAGCCGAACGAAAGCAUUGACUCACCACAGACCACGCCAUUGCGUCAAGCACGAGUCAAGUUUGUGUACCGCAUAAUCACCCGCUACCCGACUCGGCGGAGCUGUAUCUGGAAGCCCAGAGGAAGCUUCCGGACCAAGACGCUGGCCGAACUAGAAGAUGAGCUUCCCUUGCAGUUUGAGCGAUCCGAGCUCAAGUGCCUGCUCAUUCGACUGGAAGCUCGAGAUACUCAUGCUGAUCAGAUAGUUUCCUGUGGAAGAGAAGACGAGUUCGAUGCUCUCAAGCGACAUCUCGUAGAUUUUAUUCGGUGUUGUAUUGCAGAAUCGCUCCCUGAUGAGGAGGUCUCUAUCUUUAUCGACAUUGAGCCGUUGCCUACUUUGGAUUCGACGGAGAAAUCCUCGGAAAUGGAGUUGAUUACGUUUGAAUGGUGACGAAUCUCGAUUUGGGCUGGAAUUUGUUGCGUUGCUGUUUCUUAUUUCCUUUGAUUGAUACAACUUCCGAGGAAUGAUAGUAUUUCAAGGGCAUGAUAGCGCUAAAUGUAUUUGCGCCCAGGCAUUUUUUGAGGGUCGGACAUAUGAGAACCAUGUGAUUGGCUUAGGGAGCUCGUCCGCUUCCUCUGAAGGAAGGC